AUGAAAGUGCUUCAUAUUGAGGGUAAACACAACCUGCUAUAUCAUCUUAGCCAUUGUUUCUUAUCCGAAGAGGAAAAUGGCUCAACAUGUAUGCCGCUGAAUAGAAUGCCUUAUGGUUUGAUUGAUUAUAAUAUCGGGUUUUUCUCCUCGGCAUCUUCUCAAAAACUAGGUUUGGAGGAACAUUAUGCUAUGUGGCUUGAAACAAUGCUUGCACAUUUCGGACAGAAAUGGCUUUGUCUAUUUAGUGGGCCUUGUUGGCAAUAUGAGUUAAAUGAUGAUUCCCAGCAAACACCACAUAUAGAAAUCCCAUCUGUUUCAAAUGGUGUCCCAUCAAGCUCAAAUGAAGAAAUCCUUGAUUGUUGGAAUGAUAAAAUCACAGCAAGCUCGGGAAAUGCAAUCCAACCAAGUUCAAAUAAUGAAAUUCCACGUAGCUCCAAUGCAGAAAUUCAAUUUAACUUGAUUGCUGAAAGCUCAUCUGUAUUGAGUGAUGAAAUCCUUCCAACCUCAAUUGGUCAAAACCCACCAAGCUCAGAUAAUGAAAUCCCAGCAAGCUCAAAUGAUGAAAUUUUACAUAGCUUGAAUGCUGAAAUCCCACAAACCUCAAUUGGUCAAAACCCACCAAGCACACAUAAUGAAAUCCUUGCAAGUUCGAGUAAUGAAAUCCCCGCAAGCUCAAAUGAUGAAAUUUUACAUAGCUUGAAUGCUGAAAUCCCUCAAACCUCAAUUGGUCAAAACCAACCAAUUACAGAUGAUGAGAUCCAAUACAAUGUAAAUGGCAAAUCGGCAUCCAUCAUUGCCAAUGCACUGAAGGAUUGUUCUUUGGAUUUAAUCAAUUACUCAAAUGAUUAUCAAAAAUGUCUUUCUGAAAUCGAUGACAUUGACUUUCAAUUAGAAAAUUUUUGUUGUUUGGUGGAUAAUGGUGAUAAUGGUAAUAGUGAAGGUGCACAUGCUCUGGAGAAUGACAACCCCAUCCAGCAGGAUCAUUCAAUUCAAAAAUCAAGCAAAGCUAUUUAG